GCUUUCUCGGACGCGAAUGACAGAAGAGUCUGGAGGAAGUCCGUUAGUGAGUGCCGUCACCCUGGUAAAACAAUUGACACAGCACACCCAUUAACUAUGUACUUAUUCCACACAAGUGAGAGUCGUCUUGAAAGCCCACACCUACAAGUGUGUACUUACCAUAGAUAUGCAGCUGCAGCAGGACCCAACACCUCCAGCAGCCGAUCCCGAGAAACACAAACUGAUUCAGCAACACCUGCUCCUUCUGAUCCACACCCUCAAAUGUCGGACUCGAGAACAGCCCUGUAAACUGCCACAUUGUAAUGUGAUGCAAGGCGUGCUGCAACACGUGGAGGUCUGUCGGGCUGGGAGACAGUGCACGGUACCUCACUGCUCGUCGUCCACGCUUCUCAUCAGACACUGGGAACAUUGUUCGAGACAUGACUGUCAUGUGUGCUUGCCCUUAAAGGCAGAAACGGUGUUCAUUAUAGUCUGCUAAAACCAAGCGACCUUCUGUUUUAAGCAGACUGGGUUUACCCUACAGCUUUAGAAACCGAGAAAGUUGUUGUCACCGAAUGCUUAUUGUCAGUGUGAAAAGUAGUCGUGUAGGUUUACAGGAAAAUUUUCUAUGAUGUGUCGAAAAAAUUACAAUUUGGAAUUGCAAAUUUACAAGCACUUUGUAUCGACUUGGAAUUGGUUGGAAAACAAGAAUGGCCUGUCGCAAACUUACAACACAAUUUGAAAAUAAAAAUGGCACAAAUUUUGUGAAUUUACUAGGAUAUUUUCAACGAUGUCCUCUUCAGUGAUUGCACUUAUACAGUAAACUAAAGUGUCAAUGAAAACAGUAAAAAAA